AUGUAAACAUUUCGUCAUGUGGACAAAAAUGUCAUAUUUGUGCUUAAGGAUAAGGAGUAAAAUAAAGAAAUGAAAAGACAAAGUAUAGAAUUAAAAAAAAAUAGUCCGCAAAAUAAAUAAAGAGAAGCUUAAAAUAAUCUUAUAAAUAAGUGGAUGUAAAGCAUCUCAUUCAUAUCAUUUAUGUGAGAAAAUAUUUGUUUAAAUACUCAGUACAUUUUCGGGUACAAAAAGUCAAUACUUUUAGAUAAUAUUGAGAAAUAAAAGAAUGCCCUACUCUUGGAUGAAAUUUCUAAUGAGAAAUAUAAAUAAAUAACUAUAAAUGAGAGAGAGUUUAAAGAGCAUGUAUUCAGUUCACUGCUUGAAAAAAAAUAUAUUUAAGUUAAAGGAGAACUGUAUAAAGAGGAUUUCGAAAUAGCAUGGAGUUUGACAGAAAAGAAAUAGCCAUUAAUUAUUUUGUUAGGUGGAACCUCAGGUACAGGUAAAAGCACAGCAAGCAGCAUAUUAGCAUCAAGGUUUGGGAUUUCUAUAGUGUUGAGGUAAAAAAUGGUUUAUUAGAAAAAUAGCACAGAUUCUAUAAGACAUAUAAUGAGGAACUUUAUAUCAAAAGAUGACAAUCCUGUACUAUUUGCGAGCACUUAUGAAGCUGGUAAGACUUUACCAGACUUGAACAUUAGUGAUCAAAGGAGGACAAUCAAAGGAUAUAAAGCAUAAUGUCAAUUAGUAUAAUAAAGAUUGGAAUAUGUUAUUGAGAAUUUUAAUUAAAAAAUGGAAUCAAUCAUAAUAGAAGGAGUACAUUUGACACCAAUUUUUAUGAUGAAAAUUAUGAAAAAAUAUUAAUUGGUGUUACCAUUUGCAAUUUGUAUAAAGAAGGAAUCAAAACACAAAGAGAGAUUUGCAGUUAGAUCAAAAUAUAUGACAUUAGAUUCAAGACAUAAUAAAUAUAUCGAAAAUUUCUAGAAUAUAAGAUUGAUUUAGAAGUGGUUUCUUGAAAAAGCAGAUGAAUUUCUAAUUCCUAAGGUUGAUAAUGUAAAUGUAGAUAAAAGUAUAGAUACUAUUCACAGAACAAUAAUCUAAUAUAUUAAGCAUUCUUCUACAGAAGUUUAAAUAAAUGAUUUAAAGAAUGCACUACCAAUUUAUGAAGAAUUUAAUAAAAUUAUCAAUAGUGUAAUCAGUGAUGCUAAGAAUUCAAAAGAAGUUAAGGAUUAUAUUCAUAGUAAAGUUAAUAAAUCAGAGAUAGUUGAAUAAUUUAUUCAACAAAUGAACGAAUAUUAAGUGGACACAAAUACUCCUAUGAUUCAAGAAAGUGAUAAAUCUAAUCCAAAAGUGCUUAUUUAAUAGUCAGUAUAGAAGUUCAAUGAAAUUAAUUUGAAAAAUGAAAAAGCAGAUAAUUAAAAUAAUCUUACAAACAAAACGGAAGUAAAUUACAUUGUUGAUGAUUAAAACGAGAAGAAAGAUAAUAUUAAUCAUAUCAGUGAUUAAGAAGACGAAACAUAAGAAAGAAGAAGAAGAAAUUAAGAUAAGAAUACGAUAGAAAAAUUGAAGAAGACAAAAUCAUUAGAAAAUAUGGUAACGAUGGCAAAUGAAGAAUAAACCCAAAAAGAACCAGCUAAAGAAUUAACUAUUAAAAAGAAUCUUAGAGUUGUCUUCCAAGAACUAGAAUAUGAAAAAGAGGAAUAAGAGUUAAAUGAAUAACGACCUCAUAAGACAAAUUACAAAGGAAUUCUACAACAUUUAACCAAACAUAAACGAAUAUUUAUUAGUAAGAAAAUACAAUCAUCUAAUCUUAUCUUUAUUAAGAAAAUGAUAUCUAAUUAUAAUAAAAACUAUUAAAGUCAUGAUAGAAUUAAGUUACUAUAAAACAAUGAUGGAAGCUAUUGCUUAUUUAAAAUUAAUGUACAAAAAAUUCAAAGAAAAACUGCAUCUAGAGAAGAAUCAUCUAGUGAACCUGAUGAUAAGUAAUAUCUUUAUAAUUUAUUCAUUAGUGAUUAAUCUGUUGCUUAAUAAGGUAAAUCUUUUAUGACUCCUUCUAAUUUUCCAUUUAGUGAGAGGAGAGAUUAAUCAGAUGGAGACUCUGUUAGAUUUAGGAAUGAUGGAAAUAGUGAUGAGGAAGAAAUUGAAAAUGAUAAUGAUAAUGAAAAUUCUGUUGAGGGUAUUAUCUACUUCAUUUCUAGAAGCAUCUAGUUCCGAAGAAGAAGGAGCUUUAGAAAAUUUGAAAUCUAAAAUUAAUGAUGAUGAGGAAGACUUCUUUGAAUUAUAAAAUAUUAUUGAAGAAGAUGAGUUUUAGGAAGACAUGGAUCCUCUUAUUUAAAACGAUUUAAUAGAAUAAUAAGUUGUCUGA